AACGAGCAAGCAGCCGGGGCAUAUACCUCAUUUUGAAUACGCCAUAGGUCACAGCAUGACACUUAUCUGGAGAACAAUAGGUAUGGGCUGUUCUGUGGAUUGUCUGACUGUGGCAUCUUAAAUACAUCAAGAGCUUACAAAAGGUGAUUAUCUCAUACUCCCCGCAUCGCAAACUUAUACCCUGACAUGGACGGAAGUGCACAGAACCCCUGCCUUUCGAACGACAACUUCCACCCUCGAAUCAGCCAAUGGGAAACGCGCGAUUCCUUGUGUACAUUCACCAAGCUCGUUGACAGCGUGCCAGCCCUUGACGCUCGGGUCCUAGAGACACAGCGCCUCCUUGACCGUGCUGCUACCAUUAUGGCCGCGGUCAUGCCUGACCUACGCGAAACGUGCAUGAUGCGCGAGAAACUAGAGAUCUCUUACUUCCAGAAAAUGAAGGUCAAGAAGGAACUGUAUGAUGGAACGGCGCGGCUGGAGAGAGAGCCGCGCAGGUUUAGGAUCAGGUGGUUGAAAGUUGAGAGGAAGAAGGCGCGCCUGGCGAAAUGGGAGCAGGUGAAUGAAUCCAAUAGAGAGCUUGGUCUCUCGGACUCGGACUACUCGAAUUACACGACUAAAUCUGAUGCCGAGGGGACAUUGUGGUCGACAGAUGAAAGUGUUGCAUCCUCUAGUCACAAGAGAUCGCGAGAUGAAGAGCCGGAGAGAAAAAGAGCGAAGAGAGUUGCUACUUGACGUGCAUCAUAUUGUAUCACAGAAAUCUCUCAUCUUACUACCCCAGUAUAAUAUGCUAAAUCAUCCAAUAGUACUCAAAAUCAGCAACAAGUGCCAAAGCAACCGAGGCUGAGAGGGGUGUGGAUGUUCAUUAUUUUCUAGUUUGUGUAUAAGAGAGAAACUGAUUAUCGACUUUUUGAUGUGGUUAAAC